AUGUCACAAUUAAACGAAUAUAUUGAAAGAGUACUUGCCGCCAAUUUUUUCUUUCAUGUUUCUGAAUUUAUUAAGCUACGGGGUGUGGAUAACUAUAAGAUUUGGGCUAGGUUCGUGCUAAAGAAGAUGAAAGGAAUGAAUUGUUUUUUGGAAAUGUAUCUUAAUAAUCAAUUUAUGGAAAUACCUAGCGUAUGUGAUUUGAAUGAAAAUGAGCAGAAUCUUAUUAAACUCAAUUAUGAUGAUCUUACAAGCCAGUUGCUACCAAAAUCCCUUAAUGAUGCCUUGUAUGAAACUUAUUGCGUAGAUAGAGGCUUAAAAGGUGUUAAAUUAUGGAAUGCUCUUUAUAGUGACUUUGGUCAUUUCUCGUUUGAGCAAAUUUUGGACAGGCAGUCAAAGCUAGAUAAGCAACUUCAUGAUCCUGCUGUUUCCAUGUUAGAGAAAAUUAAACUACUCGAGUUUGCUGACCCAGAGAUUCUUCCCCUUUCCAAGGAACAAAGAAUUAUGGUCUUUGCAACUGUUUGUGGCAACAGGACAGCCAAAACAAGGUUGAUUCGUCUUUAUGAAAAGUCACCGGAGAACUUGAAUUGGAAGGCUUUGAAGGAUGAGAUAUCAGACGUUUUUGAUGAAGCUUGCAGGCCGCAGAAGCAAUAUUAA